CAAAAGUACAGCUUAUUGAUAACGAGAAGGCUGACAUUAUUUUAUUUAUUUAAAGAAAAAAAAAACACGUUUCCCCUGCAGCACCCUCCAAUCGCCAGUGACAUUUUUAAGGACGAUUUACACCCCUUUAAUAAGCUGCUAUGCAAUGCGGGCAAAUUGCGCGUCUUAUUUUCUCAAAAGGCUGCUAUUAAAGUGCUGCGCCGAAUAUUGCGGUUGCAUGGCGACUCGCACAAGUUUUUAUUCCGCAGAUCGGCCGUGACUCUACCCCCCCGCCGCUCAUCACAAAAGAAGCGAGCUUCCUCUGCUGGGACGUCUUGAUCGCUUUCCACCCAAGGACUACAUGCAAAGAUACUGAUCUGUCGCCGGUGCCGGCAUAUGGUGCAAUGAACAAGAUGAUUAAGGAAAACGGCCACCUGUUCUCUGACUCUCAGUGCAAAGUGUGUAAUGCUGUCCUAAUUUCGGAGUCGCAAAAACUCGCCCAUUAUCAGAGCAAGAAACACGCGAAUAAAGUACGGAGAUAUAUGAGCAUUCACAAGAACGAAGAGCCCGCAGUGAAGAGAUUCAAAUCUUCCUCAGAUGACAAUGCCAGUAACAAUGGUGAGGUAGAUCGUAACAAAGCUUGUUCUGUCUGCAACAUGACGUUCCCGGCUCCAGUCGUGGCCGAGUCGCAUUACCAAGGCAAGGUGCACGCCAAGAAUCUGAAGCUAAAGAUGCAUGGAUUCCAGUCUCCAGCCUUGCCCCCUGGGAAAACCCAGGCUAAGAAGAAGGCAGAGGGCCAGGCCGUAGCACCCCUGAGCCCGGCCGAGGGAGACCCGGACCGAUUCUGCACCAUUUGCCAUGCCUCCUUCAACAACCCCCUGAUGGCCAAGCAGCACUACGUGGGGAAGAAACACAAGAAACAGCUGACAAAGAUGAAGCUUCUGGAGGCUUACGGGCCCAGCGCAGCCCCCGCGUCGACGGUGAAAGGUUACCCCUGUACAGUGUGCAACAUAGAGCUGAACUCCGUGGAGCAAUAUCAGGCUCACAUCAGCGGGUCGAAACACAAAAAUCAUAUGAAGGCGAAGAAUGGAAACGGCGCCGGAGCAGCCCUGAAAGCGACUGAGCACGACUCGGCUGGCCAGGAGCAUCAUGCGGAGGACUGGGACACCUUCACCCCGGCCUACGAGUGAAGAGCGUCAGUCUUAGUCAGUCUGAGGUCCCGCUCUGUUUAACCCCGACACACCCAGUAGCACGUCCCCCUCACCACACACACACACACACACACACACACACAACCACAUAUGCAUCAGUCCAUACCGCGCCCCGGAGACCCAAAUCAUGGCGAAGACCUAUAGUAACAUAUAAAGUAGUGGGUGCAAUAAGGCUAAUCGGUAAAUCCACACUUGAACUGCCAUGCAAGAUGACACCCCGGUUACAGAUUUAUUUCUGGGGAGUGUUUAGGAUCACUGCUCUCCUCCCUCACAUGGUUGGGGGCAAAGUGUUAUUUUAUUAUUAUUUUUUUAAGUCUUUUUUUUUUUUUUUUACCUGUGUUUGCAUUUGUUUCAAAUUCCACCCGCUCCUUUGUGGUAGUAUUUUCGCAAAACCAUUGCAGUCUCCCUGCAUUUAAAUUUUUCCCUAUUUAUAAAGUCGCUCCAUGACAGUUUACUUUCUUUUUUGCCGUCUGAUCGCUCUGAAGGUCGAGCAUUUCUGCGUUUCUCAGCUGCUAUAACCCAGUGGUUCUCAGUCCUGUUCCUGGACACCCUCCCUUGCCAGAACGUUUUCAUUCCGACCCACGCUGCUUUCAACCUGCCACAUUCAUUGUUAUCCUAUUAAGGACCAUAUAAGCCAGACUAAGGUAGGCUUGGAAUGAAAACAUUUUGGGGGGGGGGCAGGAACGGGAUUGAGAGCCACUGCUAAAACCUAACCACGAGAAACGUCUUUUAAACAGAAUUGGCUCCACUUAACUCUCUUCUGUUACAUUGUUACCAUGUGUUAUGCGGCACUGCAGCCCCUUUGUUGAUGCAAAUGUUUAUCUAGCCCUGAGUUAUUUAAUUACGAUUUUAACGUCAUUAAAAAUAAUUUUAACUUGCCAUUUGCAGGUUGGGGGCGGGAUGCCGUCUCAGUUUAUAAUGUUCUACGACAGCCCUCUGUCGGUGUUCUAACCUGAAGAGGAGCACUAACUUAGAUGAUCGUAGGGCAGAAUCAGCUGUAAUGCUUGUGUUUAAUUAGAAAAGGACAGGUCUACUUUGGUCUAAAGUGAGGGGGGAAAAGUCCCAGACUUGUUAAGUGGGCAUCUUCUUUCAGCCGUUUAUGUUCCCUUUAAACUGAUGGUUUUGUCCUGGGAUACGUCUGUCAUAAAUCCCAGGUAUUGUUUGUGUAAAAGUAUAUGAUGAAGCUUAGUUCCUGCAUUGUCAGAAAGAGAGUGCUACUUCGUACCCUUGCUUGUCACUGGUGCUGUACGCUCAAAGGUCUUCCACUUGUACCCAAAAGCAGCAGGUAGUUGUUCCUUUGGGGUAGGUUAAUGGUGUUUGUACCUUAUGGAUGUCCAUACAGAAGUCCAUUUCUGUACCUUAAAAGAAAGUUACCUACAGCUAUGGGGUACAGUUGGUCUUGUGGGAGUUUUACUUGCACAAUGGUCUUGGGGCAGAACAAAAAAUGAUUGGUUCAGAGAGAUAACUAAUCAGACUGUAGAGCAAUCGGAUAUCUUGGUCCCACCUCCUCUUGUUGCUUAUACCCACCUCCUCUACAAUCUGAUUGGUUCCGUGAGAUAACCAAUCACUUGUUUGCGUAACAUUUUUUGUGCGAGCAAAACUCCCAUGAGCUACAGUUGGCAGACCCUUGAGGGUACAUCCCCAGCAAAGGUACAAGUUGGUACUCUUCCCUGACAGUGUGCCUUGGCACCCUAUGUGCUCCGACUGCCGGUUUGCACCGCGAACGCACGGCACGUUGGCGCGGGUAACAUGGCCAAAACGCCCUGGCAGACGUCAAGGCUUGGAGGAUUCCCCGUAAUAUGAUCAUAAUUGUUUUGGUUUUUUUUUUGGUAACAGUAGCUUUCCACAUGGUGAGUGACAUAUUUAGACAAUUAAUGCAACUGAGCUUCUGGUAGAGCGAUAUUAAUGUUACCUGUGAUUUUACAGAACAGGCUUAAUUCAUCUGUAAAUAACAAGCUGAUCACUGGAAAAAGGCGUCCAGUUUUCAAGCCUCCAACCUAAUGUUCAUGCUGUUGUGCUGUUCUUGACCAGAUUUAUUUGAAAUACGGAAAAUAUCCGGCUAGACGAAUAUUAUAGCAAGUGUAAAUUGAAUAAACAAAAAGUUUUACGAA